AUGACCUCGGCCGACUUCCUGGAGACGCCCAUCAAGUACUACAAACUGCGGCGGGACAGCCCCUGGGAGGGUGGCGUCAGCGGUGUCCCGACUGGCGGUGCACCUGCGGCGGGUCCUGCGGGGGGAGGCAAGGCCGACAAGACAGACAAGGCCGACAAGGCGGCCGCCAAGGCCGCGGACAGGGCUGCGAAGGCCGCAGCCCUCGGGGCCGGCGUCCCGACCGAGGGCGGAGACCGCUUCAAGAACGAGUCGAAGAGCCUCGGCGAGCUGGUGAAGAGGCGUUUUUUCUACCGCGCCGCCUUCGACAUCUACGGUGGCGUCGCCGGAUUCUUCACGUAUGGGCCCCCAGGCUGCGCGGUGAAGAACAAUAUCAUCAGGCAGUGGCGUCAGCACUUCGUCAUCGAGGAGAACCUGCUGGAGGUGGAGGACACCUGCAUCAUGCAGCAUCAGGUGCUGAAAGCCUCGGGCCAUGUAGAUAGAUUCAACGACUUCAUGGUCAAGGAUGUCGAUGACGAGUCCAAGUUCUAUCGAGCUGACAAGUUGUUGGAGGACGUCAUGGAGGAGAAGUUGGAGGCGGCAGACCUAACAGAGGAGCAGCGCCAGGAUCAGGGUACACCUCCGUGCGCAACCAGGCGGAUGCGUACUCUCAGAAGGACUUGGCGGGCAUCUUCAAGAAAUAUGGCAUCAAGUCUCCGGAGACGGGGAACGAUUUGA